ACGCGCCCCCCGGUUAUCCACGAUUUCUCAAUUCAUUUUCUGUCAUUGUGGCAAGAAAAAAUGCUGAAGUUGAAUUGGAAUGUAGAGCAACUGGUGACCCGAUACCUGAAAUCACAUGGUUCAAAGAUAGUAUACCAAUUGAUUUGGCGAAUCCACGCUAUAAAAAAUUAG